UUGGAUUUGUUGUUGUACUGAGUCACCUUUUCAGUCAGCAGCAAGGCUAAUAAUUUGGAGAUUUAAUUAGCUGCCAUGCUCUUAGGUUAGUUUUUGUGGCUGUGAUUUUCUAGUUGUUCCUCCACUUUGUAAAUGUUGAUUAAGCUUCAGUAUGAGAUUUGAGCAAUAGCCAUUCCAUUCCUAAAGGGGAAGCUAAGGCUUAAGGACAUUAAGUCAGAGAUCCAAAAAUGAACUGCGUGCCAGUCACCACGCCUAAAAUAGAAGCCACGGCUGGAAUGAUGAUCCUAUGAUGUGACAUACAAACCAUUAUUACUCAUCAAAUAUUAGUAUUCAGGAUAAUAAAGUAUAAGAGAUGAUUAAAAAAAAACAAAACAUUUCUGGAAGAAUAGACUCUCUGACCAUGCAUCAGUCAUUACUUACGAUUUUAUCUGUGAAAGGAUAAUAGUUGAUUGAUCUCUAAGGCCCCUUUAUUUAAGAUGCUGCUGCUGCUUUUUAAAAAAUGACCACUUCAUGUCAUUCCCUUAGGACUGUUCCAUGAAGUAUAUUUGGAAUUCAGUAAUACCAGUAUCUAAGGAACAAUGAAUCAUUCCCAGGACACCAGCUCUCGAGGCACGCCUGAGGACCGAAAGCUUUAUAUUGUGGAUUCCAUAAAUGACUUAAACAGACUGACCCUCUGUCCUGCUGGCUCACAGCACCUGCUGCCUCUCCAGGAGAAAAUCCCAGACAUUGGCACUAACUCUGGAAACAGAAGUCACAGUCUAUUUUUUCUGGGGCUGAUAAUUGUGCUGAUUGUCAGCCUGGCACUGGUGUCCUUCGUGAUUUUUCUAAUAGUUCAAACUGGAAACAAGAUGGAUGAUGUGUCCAGAAGACUAACAGCUGAGGGAAAGGACAUAGACGAUCUGAAGAAAAUCAACAGCAUGAUUGUAAAGCGACUCAGUCAACUGGAUGAGGAAUAGAACUAAAGAAAUGAACAUUUUAAAGCAGCCUCCAGCACCCGAGCUUAGAGCUUUAUGGUUUAUGAAAUGGGCAUGCGCAUUUCUGCAGGCAACAGAC